AUGGCUCCGCGCUCUCUGGGUUGGGGCCUGACCCUGGUACUCUGCGUCAUGGUUUUGACGCGGGUGGCGCACGCAACGAGGGACCUGCAGGGGACUCAUGUUGUGAGCCUCUCCACCAAUGAGGCAGAUGCGCAGGCCUACAUCGACGCUGCCACGCAGACGGACAGCAAGGCGCUCGCCGCCUCCGACAACGCCGACGCCCAGGCGUUCCUGGAAGCCACAGACGGCGCCGCCAGCGCCAAGGAUGCGCUCGCGUCUGUUCUGUCGGAGGUCACCCGCGAGGCACAGCGCGAGGAAGCAGCCGCCGCCGUUGCCGAAGCGGCCGCGGCGCUGGACGAGGAGGACUCGCACGAUGACGAGGACGAGGACCUCUCCCUGCUGCGCGCUGCGAUCGACUCGCUGGCGCGCGCCGAGAGCGACGCCCUCGACAGCUUUGUGCGCGGCGACCAGCAACCAGCGGCACAGCAAGAGCCAGGACGUGCUGUGUCAGCCGCGGCCGCGCCCAGGGCCGACGAGGGGGCUGCUGAGCCGCUGGAUCGCACGGAGGACGACGCGCCCGGCUCCUCGCUGCUGGUCGUAGGCGAUGUGCUCGCCGCCGACGGCGGCCUCGGCCGGCUGGCGGCGGCGGCGCUCGGCGCGUUCAAGCGCGAGACAGAGGCAAUCCUGUCCGCGUUCGUUCCUCAGCCUGCGGCGCUGCAGGGCGCGGAGGAGGACGCGUCCGCGUGGUCGUCCUACGCGCUGCCGCGCCGCCCAUGCCCCAAGCGCGUCGCGGCGAUGCUCGCGGCUCGCGCCGCCGACCAGCAGCGGGCCGGCGCCGAGCGGUCGGACGACGAGAGCGGCGACAGCGACGGCGACGGCGUCGCGGCGGCGUUUGCGGCGCUGCCUAUGCUGCUCCGCGGCAUGCCGAUGAUGAUGGGCCUGGGGCCCCAGCAGCUGCAGGGUCGCGACGUCGUCAUCACCGGCGAGGUCGUUUCUUCGGCCCCCUUCUCGCAGUCCGAGGAAUCCAGCACGUCCGAGGACUACGUGCCCGAGUCGGUCGACGAGCUCGAUGACGUCAUCGAGGACGCCGAUUACUACGACGAGGGCGGCAGCGGCGGCAACGGCGGGCCCGCCUACAUCUUUGCGCUGGGCGCGGAGGACACGGCCGGCGCGGCCUGCGUCAUCGGCAAGCCGGCGGCGGCCGGCAAGCCCGGCAAGGACGCGGGCGGUUGCGCGCGCGACCAGGCGCCCGACGUGCGGCGGUACGAGAACGCCGUCUACAGCAAGCUGCCCCCAAGCGACGACGCAGCCUGA